AUGAUGUUUUUGAGUAAAAAUAAAUUUGGUAGUAAGUUGUAUGACCUUAUAGGAAACCUUGCCAUCAAUCUGAAUACUCUUGAUUUAAGGGAUAAUCAAAUAUAUGGAGUGAUACCUGAAAGAAUUGGACAACCAACUGGUUUAACAUACUUAACCAUUGGAAACAAUUCCUUAGAGGGAUCAAUUCCAAAUUCAAUUGGAAAGCUUACAAAUCUAGUAAGAUUGGUCUUACAAGAAAACAAUUUAUCUGUUCCAAAAAAAGGUGUAUUUAGCAAUGUCACAAAGGUUUCACUAAUUGGAAAUAAGAAAUUUUGUGGUGGGAUAUCUCAAUUAAAGCUUCCUCCAUGUUUGAAAGUACCUUCCAAAAAGCACAAAAGAUCUCUAAAAAGGAAACUUAUCAUCAUCAGUGUAUUUGGUGGGAUUUUGAUCUCUUUCAUAGCUUUUAUAAUUGUCCAAUUUCUCUUGAGAAAAUCCAAAAAGUUACCUUCUUCACCAUCUCUUCAAAAUAGGGCACUAAGAGUUACUUACGGAGAGUUACAUGAAGCAUUCAAUGGAUUUUCUUCAGCCAAUUUGGUAGGGACGGGAAGUUUUGGAUCUGUUUACAAAGGAUCUCCUCUCAACUUUGAAAGACCUAUUGCUAUAAAGGUGUUGAAUCUUGAAACACGUGGGGUAGCAAAGAGUUUCAUGGCAGAAUGCAAUGCUCUAGGAAAGAUGAAGCAUUGA